GUUGGGGGAGAACAGACACACAUUUCCGUCAGAGGAGUCACAACUCCUGUAAACUUUGCGUCACAGCCAUCACAGCCAUCAUGUCUGCUGUCGGGCUACAGCUCACAAUCAUCCUCUGUGUCUCCUGCACAGUUCUGAGUGACCCAGGCGGGAGCGGAGUGGUGUGGAAAAAAGCUGGGGAAGCCAUCACUAUUCAGUGCACGACCUCUGAAGAGGAAGAGUUCAUGACCUUGAAUAAGGGUCUACUUGAGGAGGUUCAGGUUAUUCAUACAGAAUUUAAACCGGAAGGGAACGUAAUCACUGCAGCAUUCAGUGGCAGACUCCAGGUCAAAACAAAAGUUUGCAACGUGGACAUUCUAAUCAAAAACUUGACAACCGAGGACACGGGGCCCUAUUGGUGUGUCUACAAAAAGUUUAACUCGAAGGACGGGAAGGUGAUCGCGACGAAAGGCAAAGGAUCCGUCCUCCUGGUGGUGACAGCAAAUGGAAACCAGGUGGACCCGGUGUGUGAACGAAAUGAUGACAAGCUGAUCCAGGUGUUUAUUGUGAUCGCUGCUGCCGUGCUGAUCAGCCUCAUCAUAGGCGCUCUCAUAUGGAUGUUCUUCAAGAUCAAGACUUUGCGCACAACAGUGAAACCGAGACGUGUCACGACCAGUGAUGUUUACGAGGACAUGCGAGGCACACUCAGACGCUGAAGACAUCACACGCCUGCAAGCAACCGACCCUGAAACCCCACAAGCUCUGCACCAGCGAGGUACAGGUGAUGCAUGUGAAGCAAUGCUGCAACAUCAGCAUGUUCUCUGAGGCGCUGCCACGUCUCGUCAGGCCUUGUGUUGGUAUCAGAUUGUUAGUCAGUGAAAGGUCGGUAAAGUGCCUAAUCUGCAAGAAAUGUGGGGAAACACUGUAUAUAAGUGGUUUGGCUCUUUGUAUUAAAAAAACACAAAUUGGACACCACAGUUUAAUACAAUAUGUAUUUGUAAUGUAAAUAAAUGUUUAUUUUCAGUGUUUAUGUAGUCAUUGCAGAUAGUUUAUUGCAUUGUUCUCUUGAAUGCCAUGUACUGUAAUGAUAAUAUUAAUUUGCAAUGUACAUAAUAUGA